CUGCAGUGAAACGAACGGAACCACGUUUCUCUCGAACGCGAAAAUGUUUGCAUUUCUGUUGUAAAUGAUCAAAAUUUUGUUUAUUGCUUUUGUGACACUGUUCAUAGUAUAAUUUUUCACUGUUUAAUUUCUGUUGUGUGAUAUACGCUUUUAUAUUUGUCUUGUGUCGUUUCACCUCUCUAUGUACACCAAAAAGUGUGAAUAUAUUUGCAAGUAUGCGUUCUGUUUCCUCCCACUUUUCUUCUAGAGAGUAAACAUCACAUAAACUGAGAGCAUUUUUGCUGCCCCAGAACAUAUUGCAUAAAUUAGUCAAGCAGGAAAAUCUAUCCUAAGUGUCAUAAAUACCAGCACUUAUAUCAACCCAAAUUUAACACUCCUCUAUCCAGUUAUUCAUCCCACAGAGAUAAAAGGAAUUUUGUGUGUCUCACUGUGCUUUUCUGGUUUUCAAAAGAAAAAAAAGGCCCAUUUAAUAACAAAUGAUAUAAUUUUGUCCCAUUACACAUAUGUAUUUAAUGGAACUUUCCACCCAUUUGGAUCCAAUUCAGAAUUAAUUGCAAGCAAAAUUGUACAAUUCAAAUAAAUUAUGCGAUAUCAUGAGAAUUUAGUGAUAUUUUCUUGGCUCACGCCUUCCCAUAGCGACAGAGAAUCUAAAUAAAUAUUGAGAAGAAAAUUAUUGUGCAAUACAAUUAGCCAAAUAAUGAAAUGAUAGGAAAGUCUGUAUCUUUUGCUAUUUGCUCAAAUAAUAUGUCUUUAUCGUCAUACAUAAAAAUUAUUCCUUUAUUAAGCGCUAAAUGGGAUUUACAAUCUGAUAAAUGAUGUGUUAGAAAUAAUAAUGCUAUCACAGAGGAAUGCUGCGAUGUGAUGCACAAUGUAGAGGUCUCAGUUGUAUAAACUUAUCAACAUGUGGCAAUUGGGCAGGUGUUUUUUGAUAGUGAAACUUCAUGUUUCCCAAAAGAAACGCGCACAGACCUAAAUUUGUAUCACACAUUUUUUUCAGGGCGAUAGAUAACAACGGUAUAGGGCAAGCCAUUAAUAUCUACCUCAGCAAUUAGUUAAAUGGAAAUGUUGAGUUCAUUGGACGCUCUGGCGGGAAAGAUCUCUCCUGGAUCAGGAAAAAACAGUCCGAAUCAGCAGGUGGAUAACAAUGCCAACAAGAUAAUCUCCAAUAUUCAUCCAUAUUCGAAGCAGGAGCAGGCCCAUGCGAGAGACCAUGGCAGCAUGAACAAUGGUGGCAACUCGAACAACAACAACAUCUCCAUUGCCAACAACAACUAUGGCCUUUGUGACAAGGAUUUCCCAUGCGAGAGUCCACCGAGCGAGCAGCCAGAUCCCGACUAUAUCAAGAUGUUCGUUGGACAAGUACCCAAGACCAUGGAUGAGAAUCAACUGAAGGAGAUGUUUGAGGAGUUCGGACGAGUCCACUCAAUUAAUGUUCUGCGUGAUAAAAUUACGGGUGUGAGUAAAGGGUGCUGUUUUGUGACGUUCUUCACCCGAAAAGCUGCUCUCAAAGCACAAGAUGCACUCCAUAAUGUGAAAACACUUGUUGGGAUGCAUCAUCCUAUUCAGAUGAAGCCGGCUGAUAGCGAGAACCGAAAUGAGCGAAAGCUGUUCGUCGGAAUGUUGAAUAAGAAGCUGAGUGAGGAUGAUGUGAGACAAAUCUUUGAUCAACAUGGCAAAAUUGAGGAGUGUACAGUGCUGCGGGACCAGAAUAAACAAAGUAAAGGUUGUGCCUUUGUCACAUUUGCCACAAAACAAUCCGCAAUUUGCGCUAUAAAGGCUUUGCACCAAAGUCAAACAAUGGAUGGAUGCUCAGCUCCGCUUGUCGUGAAGUUCGCCGACACGCAGAAGGAGAAGGAGCAGAAGAAGAUACAGCAGAUGCAGGCUAAUCUGUGGAAUAUUGCUGCUGCGAAUAUCAAUAUUCCACUAUCGCAGGCAUCGACGACUGUAACACCGCCAAUUCUUCAUAAUCCACCACAGCAGACGAGCCCCAUUCUGGCCACCGAGACCAUCUCGCCGGCGUCUCUGCAGCUGCUGCAGCAACUGCAGACUGUGGGUCUGCAGCAUCAGCUCCUGCAAGCGGGUGAGGCUCAUCUCAUCCAGCAGAAACUCAACUAUCUCGCGGGAUUACCGAGUCAACAAGAGGCUGCGGUUACGACGGGACUGCUGCCCUCGAUGACCGUGCAGAACUUGGCCGCUCUUGCCGCAAUUUCGCAGCCAACAAUCGCCCCGACGCAGCACACGCCAUCAGGACACUUGACCAACGCGGCAGCACUGCUCUGGACAGAUCCAUCAUCCCUGGCGACACCCUUCGUCUCGACGGGGCUCUCGCAGUUCGGAAGUGGAGGCAUAAGCAGCCCUUUGUCGAGCAUCACACUGACUUCAGCUGCUGCCACGGCGGCUGCUGGAAAACAAAUCGAAGGCCCUGAAGGAUGCAACUUGUUCAUCUAUCACUUGCCGCAGGAGUUCACGGACACGGAUCUCGCAUCGACGUUCUUGCCAUUCGGGAAGGUGAUAUCGGCGAAGGUGUUCAUUGACAAGCAGACAAACUUGUCCAAGUGCUUUGGUUUUGUGUCCUUCGACAGUGCCGAGUCGGCCCAUGCGGCCAUUAAAGCCAUGCACGGGUUCCAGAUUGGCACGAAACGUCUGAAAGUACAACUGAAGAAGCCAAAGGACGCAUCGAAGCCCUAUUAGUCAAUGAGGACAUCGCACACACCCACACACCCAAACACUGAUUGAUGUAACUAUGAAUUAAACGUCUUUUGUAUUAUGUUAAAAGACAGUGGAAAACGUGAAAUGAUAAGUCGAUAAGAUCUUGUAUUUUUUUAACGUGGAUUUUGGAAAGGGAAUAUUUCACACACACACACAAAAAAGAGAGAGAAGAGAAAUGAGAAAAAUCGUCGUUAUCGUAACAUUUGCCAAAAUAAUCAUUUAACCAGUUGUAUUUUCGUUUCCUAUUGGCGUUACAUGCAUUAUGCGAUAUAUGAUUUUAAAGAGGAAAAUACUUUACGUAACAUUCUGUAUUUACAUCACUUUUAAAAUUGGAAUAAUUGUCGAGAAAAUGUAUACUUGGAUUUCUUCAAAAUUCGUGUUUUUCCUUCUUUUGAGAUAUUUUAGAUUUUUUUUUAUAAAUGCGAAAAGAAAAUACCCAGAAGAGAAAAUCUAAUUCAGUGAGUUUUUAUUUCAAAUUGAGGGAAUCCAGAACUUUUUUUUUUAAUUACAAAUUAGGGAAAAUAGAUUUAGUGUAAUUUAAGUUGAAAUUCUGUCUAUAUAUGAAAUAUUUAAGUUGAAGUUUACAAUUAUGUAUGUGUUAAUAACUGAAUUACUGUGAUAAUCAGUCUGAACACAAAGAAAUAGAAGAUACUUAAAAGGAAGAAAGAAAAAAAAAUUGAAGUCAUAUCUUGAAAUAAAAAAAAAAUGUACAGAAAAUUGAAUUUGGUGAAAAAAUAAUUAACUUAUAAGGUGAAUCAUCGUCGCUAUGUAAUAAGAAGCAUUGAAUCUUUUUUCUCGAACCUCCUAUAAUCUCAGGAGAUUGUUUAUAAAAUUCAAUGAAAUCAUCAACAAGAAUUCUUGAAGGAAAAAUAAAUAGUAAAUUUUGAAAUGGAAGAUGAAAGUGAAAAAGUGCAGAGAAAACGAAAUAUUGUUCAUUUUUAACGCUACAUAUAAACUUAUGUAUGUUAGGUAUACCGAAAAAAAUGUACAUAAAGAUAUGAGACUAUAUGUUUUGAAAAUUUGA